AUGACUUCGUCUAUUGGACCGACAGAAGGAUCUGUGCAGGCAAGUAGAAAGGGCAAUGUUAAGUUAUCCUGGUCCGUGGAUGCCCCCAGAUUCGACUUGUCCAAGUGUGUGGGAUCCGUGCAAAGCCGGCCCAUCGGGUGGCAGAACACGGUUGCCCCUCGAGCGACAGGUUUUGGUAUGCCGUUUGGCGCCGUCAACUCGGCGAAAUUUGCGGCUACAGAAGGGGCAUUGAUUAUGGUGUGGUGGGAUGCUUCGCACCAAGGGUAG